AUCAGUUUCAUUCCGUUCGUGGUUAGCGAAAGAUGUGCAUGAAUUUGCAGUUAUGAUGUGAAGAAGAUCAUGUGUUGUGAAUAAUCGUGAAACAUCGAACGAGAAACGAAACAACAAAUAAUCAUGCGAAAAAAUCGAAAACUUUCAAUAAAAUCAAUUUGAAACCAAAAUAAAGUGAAUUAAAAUUGAUUUUCCCUAAGGGAGAAAGAAAGGAAACAAAUCAACGUGUUAUCCAGAUAAUGUGCAUCAUAAUCAAAUGCUUCAUCAUAGUCACGCUUGCAAUUCAAAGUAUUUCUUCGACUGAGAUUAAGAAUAGUAAAUUACUGUAUUCAGAACGAGAGAUCGUCGAUUCGUUGGCGAAAAAAUGGUCACCGCUCGUUUGGCUGGCGCCCAAUGAACAAUUUCUGCCUGGUAAUGUCAAAACUUUUCUAUCAAAUGUUCAUGCCGAAAGAGAGAAACAAAACAGUAAGAAGAUCAAAGACAUUGGCGACAACUUAGGAACGUACAGCCAUUACUAUCAAAACGAUGGGUUUAAAGAUCUUAUAUUUUAUGAUGGUACGGGAAUGACAGAAGGUGGAGUUGUGGCAGUUCAAAGCAAUCGAAAGAGAAGGAACUUCGAGAAAGAUACGUCACUUGAGUACAUAUUUGAAUUGCCAAUUGAUGAUGCAUCUGAGAAUUGGUUUCUGGUUACAAAUGAUGAAUUAGACAAUUUAAUGAAAAACAAAUCGUCAUUUAUAUAUGGCGAGAGUCCAUCAACCGUGCCCAUCUAUGCUGUUGUCAACAUGUGCUCUAACAGCAUUGAUCAUCUGAAUCAGAAAAAUGAAAUUGAUACGAGCAAUAGAUUCCAAUAUAAGAAAAGCCCGUACAUUCCAUUGACGAAAACACCAGAAAUUUACAAUUACGGUGCGGCGACAAGUUUUGGUCAAUUACCACCCAUGAAAGCGUUGAAAGAUUCCAAUUCAUUAGAAACAAAAGAAGUCAAUACUGGUGAUGUUGAAGACAACCCUACUGUUAAUUUUAUCAGACGAAAGCGAUCAAAUGAUAAAUUAAAUGAUACGCGACCAAAUGAAAGCGUUAAAAAUUCCACAAGUUCAUCAGAUGAUCAAUGGAAAGCAAUGAAAACUUCAAAUGUUAUAAUUUAUACAAAAAACGAACAAAUUGUCAUUCCGAAGGCUGAUGAAAUGAAAAUUAUUCAUGACGCAUCAACUGCUUCGAACAUUCCUCAUUUUCAAGUGACUUAUUGGAUGUUUUAUCCUUACAGUCAAGGGAAAACUGUCUGCACUUUAAAUUUAGGUCCACUUGGACCUAUUCCAAUACCUUUGAUCCCCAUCUUCAACAUUUGUUUGGGAACAAAGAAAGAAUUUGGCUCACAUGUUGGUGAUUGGGAGCACAUGAGUCUCUUCUUCAAAGGCAGAAUGGAACCUGAUGAAAUGUAUGUGAGUGCACAUGAUGCUGGAGCCUUUUACACAUAUGAUCGUCUCACCGGAACUUUUGAGUUUAAAAGUCAAGAAACUAGAAAAGGAAUUUUGCAACAACCAAAUUUUCCGAAAACUGUUAUCACGUCUGAUAACCAUCCAGUGCUGUUUUCUGCCGAAGGAUCUCAUGGACUGUGGGCAACACCUGGCAAGCAUCGAUUUGUUAGAGUUCCAAGACUCUAUGAUGUUAAUGGAUUUGGACAGCCUUGGGAGACAUGGAAGAAUGUUGAAGUUAUUUAUAACGACACUCGAGGAAAACGUUCAAUGGGCGGCAAUAAUCCUAAUUGGAUGAAAUAUCGCGGUAAAUGGGGUAAUCCAAAAACUAAAUGCCAUCCACUACGAAGAAUUGGACUGCAUGUAUGUGAACAAACUGAUGGUCCGACUGGAAUUCCUAAGAAAAUUUCACACUUUGUUUGUCCAAAUUGAAUCUAAAAUUAUUUUAUGAUUUGUCUUCUGUACAUAUUUGUUAAUUUAUUUAUUGAUUGAUCAUCAAUCUAGAGAUGCAAAUACUUUCCUUCUGCAUCUAAAUGUCAUCUUGUUAAUUGUUAUUUAUUACUUUGUCAAUAAAAUGAUAAUU